GAAGUAGCCUACUGUAUAAAUACAGAGAGAAGUGAAAGAGAAGAUACUCAUUUCAUUCUCUGACAUUCAUGGAAGGAUCAAUGAAAGUGUUUGUGUUUGUGAAAGAGGAGCUCGAGUUCGCGGGGAAUCACUCGAUCAAAUGGUUUAUACACAAGCUUUGCUCUUCGCUAACGGGAUGUCCCGAAAAACCGAGCAGCAAAACCUAGCAAAGAGUUUAAGGUUUCGGAACUUUGGAUCACAUAACGAUCCCUGCGGAAGGCUCAUGAAAGCAGAAAGCUUGUCAAGUCUUGGAUCUCAGUGCAGUUUGGUGGAGGAAGAAAGCGACGAGGCUUGUCUUCAGCUCGAUCUGUCCAAACGUAUUGAAAAGUGCCUUUCUGAUGCCAAAAAGUCAAGUCUGCGCUGCCAGGAGCUGCGUCUGCCCAGGUGCAUGACCGAGCGUGUGGCUGGAGACAUCCUGCGCGCAUCUGAGGAUGAGCCGUGCGGGAUACGGGGGGCUUUAAUCCAUGUGUUCCUGGAUAACAAGGGCGAACUACAAAAACUGGGCACCGUGACGGCUGAUGAGUGUCUCACCCCCACCUUUGAGCUGUCACUCAUCUUACAGGCCGAUAAGGACGGAUGGCCGCCGCUGAAAAUCCUAUUCGGUUCUGGGAAAAACGUGCUCAGUCUGAGACGGGAAUAUCGGCUGAUUAAAAGGAAACUCUACUCAUCUGCCACUCCUAUUGUACUUGAAUUUUAUUAAGACUGAUAGGAUGUAAUUAUAGGGAUAAAGGAAACGAUAAGGUCCAAACUUUCCUUAAACUAUAGGAAAACUUUUGCACUUUCAUUUAUAUUGUUACAUUAUGCACUGAAUGUCUUAAGAGUGUAUAACUGUCAUAUUAUUGGAAUAUUAUUCAUUAAGUAUUGUAUUGGUUAAUAUAAUUUAAAUGCCUACAUUCACUGAUCUGUUAAGCUAUAAAAUGUUAAUGACUUAAGUUAUUCUACUGUAGUUUUGCAGACAAGUCUUAAAUCAAGUACUACACUAAAAUGCAUGUUUCAGCGAUCUUAUCUGAAAACACUUAUAAAAUAUAUUAGUGCCAUUGUCCAAAUCCUGACUUAAUCUAAGCCUUGUCUGUGAAAUUGGGCCAUAAAGUGUUAAACUCUGUAUAAGACACUACAUUGUCACCUGCUGAUAUUGAUGUUACUGUGACAUAAGAUUUCAAACAUUACUUUAAAUGGUGUGCGUUUUGUAUGUCUAUGGUAUUGUUUGCACAUUUUGUUCAGGGAUAUAGAAAGGUUUAUAUAUGAAUCAUUCUGGUUGUUUACAUUGAUGGUAUUGAUCAUUGUUAGUGUUUUCUUGGAAAUUAAAAAUGAUAGACAAGCUGGUAUUGUCUUCCAGAAAACCAAAACUACUAAAUCAUUUUUGAAAGUGGAAUUUGAAAGUAACACAAUAAACAGUUAAAAAAA